AGCAUUGCAUUGUUGGACUUUUCGGACGCUGGACUUUCCGGCUGCGAACAAUUCGCACUCUGCACAAGUUCUACUGCCGAGAGUAACUCUCGACGUAUGGUUUCCAGCUUGUUCCAAGAUCAUCCUGCGCCGGAGUCCAAGGAGCCCGCCCACGCGACCGCCGCCAUGGCGACGCUGGCGUUCGCGGUGCGCCGGCGCGAUCCAGAGCUCGUCGGCCCGGCCGCGCCGACGCCUCGUGAGACCAAGCGCCUGUCUGAGAUCGACGACCAGGACACGCUGCGCGGGCACGUGUCCUUCGCCCUCGUCUACCGCGCCCGCGUGAUGGAUGACGACGACGUCGCACCGGUUCACCCGGCCGGAGUCAUCCGGCGCGCGCUCGGUGAAGUACUGGUGCACUACUACCCGCUGGCUGGACGGCUCAGAGAGGCGGAGGGGCGGAAGCUAGUGGUCGAGUGCAGCGGUGAGGGGGUGAUGUUCGUGGAGGCCGACGCCGACGUGCGGCUGGAGGAGCUCGAGGGGGCCGGGCUCAGGCCGCCGUUCCCGUGCAUGGACCAGCUGCUCUUCGACGUGGAGGGCUCCGGCGGCGUGCUCAACUGCCCGUUGCUGCUCAUCCAGGUGACUCGGCUGCUCUGGGGCGGCUUCAUCUUCGCGCUCCGCCUCAACCAUACCAUGUGCGACGCCAUCGGCAUCGUGCAGUUCAUGAACGCCGUCGCCGAGCUCGCCCGCGGCCUCCCGGCGCCGACCGUCGCUCCCCCGUGGUCCCGUGAGCUCCUAGAGGCGCGCAACCCGCCUAUGGCGUCGUUCCCGCACCGCGAGUUCGACCUUAUUCCACCGCCGGCGCCGCCGGCCGGCGACAUGGUCAUGCGGUCCUUCAUUUUCGGCCCCUCCGACCUCGCAGCGAUCAAGAAGCAUCUCCCUCCUCUCGUUCGCGACAAGGCCACCACCUUCGAGGCGCUGGCGGCAUACCUCUGGUGCGCCCGCACGGCGGCGCUCGAGGUCCCGCAGGGCGAGGAAGCGCGGCUGGUCAUCAUCGCCAACUUCCGGGCCUUCGUCGAGCUGGGCCUGCCGGGCGGAUACUAUGGAAACGCGUGCGUGCCCCUGGCCGCGCUGGCCGACGCCGCUGCACUGCGCGGGGGUGGCUCGCUGGCUGACGCGGUGGCGCUGGUGCGGCGGGCCAAGGCUGCAGUGACCGCCGAGUACGUGCGUUCCACGGUCGACGUGCUGGUUCUGCGCGGCCGGCCGUUCUUGGCACUGCAGAACCUGUUCGUCGUGUCCGACAACCGGCACGCCGGGUUCCACCGCGUCGACUUCGGGUGGGGCGAGCCGGUGUACGGCGGCCCGGCCGACACUGUCUUCGGCGUGACCUUCCUCGUCCCCGUCAAGGACCGUGACGGGGAGGACGCGAUUACCGUGCCGAUCGUGUUGCCACGGCCGGCCAUGGAGCGGUUCGCGGCGGAGAUGGAGAGCCUGUGCAAGGCGUAGCGUGUGCCCGGGUCGUCCCUGUAUGUAUUACGACUCAGUACGUGCGGCAUGCGGCUUGCAGGGCUGGGUUGAAAGUUUUUUGGAGCGAGCGGAGGCUGCUCUGAGUGGAUUCUUCGCUGUGUCGACUAUGUUGAAGACUACUCUGAUGUCGCAUGCUCUUUGUGCAAACGGUGUUUGCUUUGGAAAGGACAAGGGGGCGGAGUUAUUCGGAUGUUUCUCCCCUUGUGGUGGAGACAACUCAGCAUCGAUGCCUACCUUGCCCCCUAUAUUGUCUUCCACUGAGGGCGAGUCCAUGGCCGUUGUCGUGGCUCCGAUGUUGAAGAACAUGCCUGAGCUUAGGGAGCUUUGUAUGAGUCUGUCAGUGGAGAAUAUGAAGAUAGGCUCGUCGGCGACCUCAUGUGAGGAACAUGACUCCUCUUUGUCAUGUGUGCAUCUGAAGAAUGUGGAUGCGUGUGGUGUGUUGGCACCACCUUUUGAGAGCCGCUUGGUGACUGAUCGCUCGACAUCCGGCAAGACAGAUGGUUGCCUCGUGAAGAUGAAAUCAAAGAGAAACAAACGCAAGAAGUGUGAUGGCAAAGAGAAGGCAUACGUGAUUUCAUGAUGGGCAGUACUCACUUUCUCGUGUCUUCGUCGUGGCUUUGAUCUUCUGAGUCGUUGCAUCGAUGUUCUCACCAAGUGUUGAGGGUUGUGAGUGUUGUGUGUUAGGAGCAUCGGGUGGGCAGUGUAUGUAUUCGUGGUGCUUCGUGCUCUGUGAGUAGCCCUCUUUUGGGUUGUUUGUAUCAGUUUUCGCCCAGUUUUUCGUAAAUUAACUGGGCAA